AAAAUGCCCCGCAUCGCAUCUGGGAUCGGACAAGAACCGCAACCGGAGAGAGAGAGGGAGAAAAAAAAGGCGAUACAAACGGGGAAUUAAGACGAGGGAGAGGGGGAUCGCCGCUUACGAUCAAAACCCUAGGGUGCAGGGCUAGGGUUUGGUUGCCAUGUCUGCGGGGAUCUGCGGGAAGCGCCUAGGGUUGGAGGAAAUCUUCGGAUCUCCGGCUCCGGCCCCGUCGGCGAAGAGAUCCCGCUGCUCGAGCUACGGAUCUCCUGUCCGGCCCUCCGAUUUUGGCAUCGCAUCCGACGACAAGGUCACCAUCCUCCUCCGCAUGUUCCCGUCUAUGGAUCGGGAGGUUGUGGAAACUGUUUUAAAGACUCAUGAUCACAAAAUUGAUGAUGCCAUCAGGAGUCUUCAUGCUCUGUGCCUUGGCAAUGAUUCCACAAGAGCCGAAUCAGCACGGCUUAACUCGAUUCUCCAAGCAAAUGAAAAUGAUGUUGAAGGCGUUAGCAAUUAUCAGACAUCCAAGCAGAAGGUUGAAGGUACACAGAAUGACAGUUUGGACUCUGAGGCUCGUAUUCCCCAAGAUGUGCCUUCGUGGGUUGAUAUUUUUGUACAGGAAAUGAUGAAUGCCUCAAAUUGGGAUGAUGUCCGAGGCCGUGCUAUGAAAAUCUUGGAAGCUUUUGAAAGGAAUGUUGUUGCACAAACUACAGCAUCAGUGGAGCAGGAGAUUGCUUCUCUUAAAGAGCAAUUGCAGUGUUUGUUGAGAGACAACCAGAUUCUGAAGAGAGCUGUUGCUAUUCAGUAUGAGCGCAAUAUGGAGCAUGAGAAGGAGCUAAAGGAGGUGCAGCAAUUGAAGCAAAUUAUUAGUCAGUACCAAGAGCAAAUCCAGACAUUGGAGGAGGGAUGAUGAUGGAAAGACAGCUUGUAAAGCUUUGACCAUCUGUGCAUACAGCAUGACAGUCCCUGCCACAUUACAUGCUCUUCAUCUGAAGCUAAGACCUUGGGUGCUGACAUUAUCACCACCCAUCCCAUAUUACAUGCUCUUUCAAAGCUUUUAUAUUGGGGUUUGAUUUCAACUUGAUGAUCUUAGAUCAAAACACAGCUUCAUGCUACUUUCGCAUUGCUCUAGGAUGUUGUUCAGAGUGCUUGGUCUUGACUGGGAUGGUAAAAUGUUAUAAUUUUGGUGCAGCUGAACAAUUAUACAUUGAAGAUACAUCUUCAGAGGGCACAGGAAUCCAGUUCUAUUCCUGGUCAGUUUCACCCAGACAUAUUCUAGAGCCCACCUUCCUGACAUGUAAUUAUUUUAUAUCAUGGUAUGAACCUGCACCUGAAAAAUUAAGAUUCUUGUCGAUGCUUGAGCUAGUAAUUGUGCCUUGCUCGUGCUAUGGCAUCUCUGCACCAGCCUGUAGCAGGUCCACUAGAUCUACCUUUUGCGUAAAGGAGAUUUUUUAAUCAAUUUGUCGUAACAUGCUUCUUGUGAGGGUUUCUUAUCUUUGCUAUUGUAUUUGUGCUAUAGUUAAUAGUUUAAAAGAGUAAAUAUUUCCUCCAGCUAAUUAAUUUGUUGUAACAAGCUUUUUGUUA